UCCGGAGGCUCGACUGUCAAAGGCGAUAAAUCAGCUGGUCGUUUAAUGAGUCUCGCAGUCGAGCCCCGGUUAUGAAUACAGACGGAGAGCGCAGGAGCAGCAGAGUCUGCAGCAUAUGAACUCCACGAGUCUCCACUGGAACACAGUGAUAUAGAGUCAAGCACUGUUCGCAUUUUUAACAACUUUGGGGAGCAAAUGAUCAUGUCAGAGUCUGUACGGAAGAUGUUGAGGGCGAAGCUCGUGGUGCUGGGAAGAGAUAACUGUGGGAAGACAGCUCUGUGUGUCAGAUUUAUCACCAGACGUUUCAUUGGAGAGUAUGAACAUAAAAGGGAGGUCACCUACAGAUGUCAGAAAAUUGUGGACAAGGAGGCGAUUGAGUUGGAGAUUUUAGACACUGUUAAUAAGGAAUGUGUAGGUCCUGCGGCGUCCUCUCUGGAGAGUUCCAUUAAAUGGGGUGAUGGGUUUCUCAUUAUGUACUCUGUGACGGAUCGCAGCAGUUUUGAGGCUGUGUCGCGUCUGAAGAGACUGAUUGACCACGUUAAACAAACGCUUGGUAUUCCAACAGUCAUCGUUGCCAACAAAUGUGACAUGGAGAACGGCCGUGUGGUGAGGACAGAUGAGGGACAGGCUUUAGCCUCAAACCUGAGGUGCAGUUUCUUUGAGCUGUCUGUGGCAGAGGACGCUUCAGCAGUGGAGGCCGCGUUCGGGCAGCUGGUGCGUGAAGUGCGUCAGGAGUUUCAGCGCCACCUGCUGGCUAUGGACAAGCGCUCACGGAUGCUGCAGAUGAGACAUGCCCUCAAAAACAAGCUCACGCGGAGUAAAACCAUGCAGUGGUGACCAGGAAGAGUAAACUCAGUUCAGACAUGACUACAGUAGUGCUGUAUCCUGGCAUAACAACCUUUCAGAGAACAACAAGUGCCUUAUGGAUUUACAAAUAGUGUCAUGGACAUUGUUAUGCGUGUAUGACAGGCAGCAUAAAGCAGCAAAAAGCAGUGUUUUUAAAGGUGCACUGGCUCCCUUAAAACAUUCCCUUUCAUUGUUUGGACAAACAGGUAGUCUCACCUCAAACUUUUGCAACUGAAUGUGCCAGAAGCUGACAUGCUGGACCAACAAACAGAACAAAGUUGAGAUUCUACAGUAAGCCAACCUCUCUGUGCAUUAAACCGUUUUACUAUAAAGUAUUUCAUCAUUUAAAAUGGAUCCAUUUGACCACUUGAGAGCAGUAUACCUCUUCUUUUGCAUCAAUUUCACUGUAAAUGAUGUCAUUCCAGUGCAACAUUCAUUCUGUAUUUAAAAUGAGAAGUCAUAAAUGCUUAUUUAUAGGCACCACAUUUAUUUUGAUAGACUGCGCUUGUCUAGUAUGAUUAAGUCAUGCUUAAAAUGGCAGAUGAUCUGUCUUCUGACUUGGUAUUUUGAUGCUCUUUUGAUCCAAUUUCAUUCUCACGUGCCUCUAUGAGAUUGAAAUGUCAUGAGGGAACAACCAAUUAUAUGGUGUUUUUCUAUUUUACAGCUGUUUUUAGACUCACAUUCUGGCUUUGUGCACAAUCCACUUUGUGGAGUAAAAUGUUUCCAAAAUGGGUUACA